AUGGUACUAGCGAGUGGGCGAGGGUUGGUCGGGCGUGGUGGUGCUUGCUUGUUACAUGCCGGCUCACCUAGCAGAGUCGCGAGAGAGAGGAAAGAAGGGUUUGUGGCACUCAGUAGUGCCCGAGGGUUGGCUGGACAUGGUGUUGCAUGCCCGUUGCAUGCCGGCUCACCUAACGGAGCCGCGAGAGAGAGGAGAGGAGGGCCUUUGGCGUUGGUAGUGGUCGAGAGUCGGCUGGACGAGUAG